CCCAGCGUCCAUUGCUAGGUAGUCGGGAGGUUAGACGACACGCCGGGGAACAUGUCUGGAAGGGGUAAGACUGGAGGAAAGGCCCGGGCCAAGGCCAAGACCCGCAGCUCUCGUGCCGGUCUGCAGUUUCCCGUGGGCCGCGUUCACCGCCUGCUGAGGAAGGGCAACUACGCUGAGCGAGUCGGGGCCGGAGCCCCCGUGUACCUGGCCGCCGUGCUGGAGUACCUGACGGCGGAGAUCCUGGAGCUGGCCGGCAACGCCGCCCGGGACAACAAGAAAACCCGCAUCAUCCCGCGUCACCUCCAGCUGGCCGUGCGCAACGACGAGGAGCUGAGCAAGCUGCUCGGCGGAGUCACCAUCGCCCAAGGCGGCGUGCUGCCCAACAUCCAGGCCGUCCUGCUGCCCAAGAAAACCGGACAGGCAACGCCGAGCUCCGGCAAGGCCGGCAAGAAGGCCUCGUCCCAGUCCCAGGAGUAUUAAGAGCCGGACCCCCAAAACUGACUUCACACGACGAAGUUGUUUCGUUGGUUUUUGAGCGUCCCCCGAAACGGACUUUACACGAAGUUGUUCGCUGAUUUUUUUUUUGAUAUUUGAGUGUGACAAGUUUGUUUCAUUUAGUCAUUUUGUUCUUUAAAUAAACGAUGUUUUUGUAAAAAAAAAAAAAGA